UCAACUAUCCCAAGAUUAUUGGACUCAUCAAGCUUCACAAACAAAUUUGAUCACUCACAAAAUUCAAAUCAAAAUGUUCCUCAAAAUCCCCAUAUCCAUUUUAUUAAUUCUCACAAUCGCCAUAGCCUCCGAUCCCGACCCACUACAAGAUUUCUGCAUCCCAAAUCCCAAAUCUUUUCCAGAUCAAUUAUGCAAGAACUCAACCGCCGUCACAGCAGACGACUUCGUCUUCUCCGGAGCAAAAUCCGCCGGACCCUUCUCGGGAACUGGAUUCGCAACCGUAGCGGCAAACUCAAUCAAUUUCCCAGGAUUGAACACGCUGGGAAUGUCGUUGGUACGCGUCGAUCUAAAAGAGGGGGCAAUAAAUCCGCCGCACGUGCACCCACGAGCGGCGGAAAUGGUGUACGUGGUUGAGGGGAAGGUUUAUGCGGGGUUUGUAGACUCGGGGAACAGGGUUUACGCGAAGGUAAUUGAAGAAGGGGAAGUGAUGGUGAUACCGAGAGGGGUGGUUCAUUUUCAGAUGAACGUUGGGAAGAGAAGAGCGACGGUUUUUGGGUGUUUCAAUAGUCAGAAUCCGGGGACUCAGAAAAUGGCUGCGGCCAUUUUUGGGUCUGGGAUUAAAGAAGAGCUUUUGGAGAAGGCUUUUGGUUUGAGUUCUAAGGAAAUUAGGAGGAUGAAGAGAAUGUUUGAUUCUUAAUUACACAUUUUUCUAAUCUAUAUAUAUAGUUAUUCUUACAUUUUAUGUUGUGAUGUUGAUCUAAAGACAAGGUUUUGAUUUUGAUUUUUUUGGGUGGAUUAGGUGUUGUUGCAUGUUUUCUCAAUGAAUUCCAUUAGAUUAAAA